AACAACUUUGAAAACGAGAGGUGAAAAGAAAUGCUUUCCACAGGACACCGUAACACAGAGUAGGGAAGGGAGAGAGAGGGGGAGAGAAACAUCGAUGUGAGAGAGAAACAUUGAUCAGUUGCGUCUCAUCCAUUCCCCAGCUGGGGACCAAACCAACAACCUAGCCAUGUGCCCUGACCAGGAAUUGAACUGCUGGACCUACUCCCUAAGGCCCUGACCAGGGCUGCAGAUAGGCAUGGCAAGUGUUCGCUGCAAGCUGGCCCACUACCUGGAGGACCUGGAGGACAUGGACUUGAAGAAGUUCAAGAUGCACUUAGAAGACUAUCCCCCUCAGAAGGGCUGCACUGCCCUCCCCCGGGGCCAGACAGAGAAAGCAGAUCCUGUGGAUCUAGCCACCCUCAUGAUCGACUUCAAUGGGGAGCAGAAGGCAUGGGGCAUGGCAGUCUGGAUUUUUGCUGCAAUCAACAGGAGAGACCUUUAUGAGAAGGCCAAGAGGGAUGAGCCAGAGUGGGAUAGUGCACAGGUGUCUGUGGUAUGCCGGGAAGACAGCCUUGAAGAGGAAUGGAUGGGCCUAUUGGGGUACCUUUCCAGAAUCUCUAUUUGCAAAAAGAAGAAAGAUUACUGUAAGAAAUACAGAAAUCAUGUGAGAAGCAGAUUCCAGUGCAUUAAAGACAGGAAUGCCCGUCUGGGAGAGAGCGUGAACCUCUAUAAGCGCUACACCAGGCUGCGGCUCGUCAAGGAGUACCCAAGCCAGCAGGAACGGGAGCAGGAAUUCAUGGCCAUUGGCAGGACUGUGGCCCAGAUGCAGGACAGCCCUCUUAGUUCCAUAAACUUGGAGUUGCUGUUUGAGUCUGAGGACCCUCACUCAGAGCCUGUGCACACGGUGGUGUUCCAGGGCUCGGCGGGCAUCGGCAAGACAAUUCUGGCCAGGAAGAUCAUGCUAGACUGGGCGUCAGAGAAACUGUACCAGGACAGGUUUGACUACCUGUUCUAUAUCCACUGCCGGGAGGUGAGCCUGGGGACAUGCAGGAGCCUGGGGGACCUGAUGGCCAGCUGCUGCCCUGACCCCAACCCUCCCCUAUGCAAGAUCAUGAGGAAGCCGGCCAGGAUCCUCUUCCUUAUGGAUGGCUUCGACGAGCUUCAGGGAGCCUUUGAUGAGCAUGCAGAGGUGCUCUGCGCAGACUGGCAGGAGGUGCAGCGUGUGGACAUUGUCCUAAGCAGCCUCAUCAGAAAGAAGCUGCUCCCUGAAGCCUCACUGCUCAUCACCACGAGGCCUGUGGCCCUGGAGAAGCUGCACCACCUUCUGGACCGUCCGCGGCACGUGGAGAUUCUGGGUUUCUCAGAGGCCAAGAAGAAGGAGUAUUUCUUUAAAUACUUCUCUGAUAAGCAGCAGGCCUGGGAAGCCUUUAGGCUGAUCCAGGAAAAUGACGUCCUCUUCACCAUGUGCUUCAUCCCCCUGGUCUGCUGGAUUGUGUGCACCGGGCUGAAACAGCAGAUGGACAGUGGCAAAAGUGUCACCCAGACUUCUAAGACCACCACUGCAGUGUACAUCUUCUUCCUCUCCAGCCUGUUGCAGUCUCAAGCAGGGAGCCAGAGGCAGCAUGUCUCUGCCAACCUUCGGGGCCUCUGCUCAUUGGCUGCGGAUGGAAUAUGGAACCAGAAGAUCCUGUUUGAGGAGGGUGACCUCAGGAACCACGGCCUGCAGAAGGCCGAUGUGUCUGCGUUCCUGAGGGUGAACCUAUUCCAGAAGGAGGUGGACUGUGAGAAGUUCUACAGCUUCAUACACAUGACUUUCCAGGAGUUCUUUGCUGCCAUGUACUACUUGCUGGAGGAGGAGGAGCAGCGGGGGACCAAGAACAUACCACAGAGUCCUUGUGAGCUCCCCAGCCGAGAUGUGAGAGUCCUUCUUGAAAAUUAUGGCAAGUUUGAAAAGGGGUAUCUGAUUUUUGUUGUCCGUUUCCUCUUUGGCCUCAUAAAUCAGGAGAGAACCUCCUACCUGGAGAAGAAGCUGAGUUGUAAGAUUUCCCAGCACAUUAGGCUGGAGCUGCUGAGGUGGAUUGAGGUACAAGCCAGGGCCCCAACCCUGAGGAUGCAGCCCAGCCAGCUAGAGCUAUUCUACUGCUUGUACGAGAUGCAGGAGGCAGACUUCGUACGCAGGGCCAUGUGCCACUUCCCCAGAAUGGAGAUCAGUCUCUCCACCAGAAUGGAUCACGUGGUUUCUUCUUUCUGCAUCAAGAACUGUUCCAGUGUGCAAUUCCUUUCCCUGAGGUGGCUCCAUAACUCGCCCAAGGAGGAGGAAGAGGAGGAGGAGGAGGAGGCAGCCAGAUACUCCAAUGUGGACCAGUGUGUCAUCCCAGGCACUCAUUCUGCCUCCUCUCAUCGGGUGGCAAACUGCUGUCUCCCUUCCAGUUUUUGCCAGGGCCUCUUCUCUGUCCUGAGCACGAAGCAGAACCUCACAGACUUGAACCUCAGUGACAAUCCUCUGGGGGAUGCAGGGGUGAAGAUAUUGUGUGAAAUGCUCCAGAAUCCUGGCUCUAACAUUCAGAGAUUGUGGUUGAGGCGGUGCCGCCUUUCCCACCUCUGCUGCUCCCACCUUGCCACCGCACUGAGUGGCUCUGUGUCACUGUUGGAGUUGGAUCUGAGCCACAAUGCCCUGGCGCACCGCGGGCUCCGGCUCCUGUGUGUGGGACUGCGGUGUGCUUUCUGCCCCUUGGAGAAACUAUGGUUGAUCAACUGCUGUCUCACGUCGGCCUGCUGUGCAGAUCUUGCAUCCAUCCUGACCACCAGCCAGUCCCUGACCAGACUCUACGUGGGGGAAAAUGCUCUGGGUGACUCGGGAGUUAGAAUGCUGUGUGAAAAAGCCAAGCAUCCACAAUGUAAGCUGCAGAAACUGGGGCUGGUGAAGGUGGGCCUUACAUCCGGUUGUUGUCUGGCUCUGUCCUCGGUGCUCAGUUCUAACCAGAACCUCACACACCUUUACCUGCGAGGCAAUGCUCUUGGAGACAUGGGUGUGAAGCUGUUGUGUAAGGGACUCUUGCACCCCAACUGCAAGCUUCAGAUGUUGGAACUAGACAACUGUAGCCUCUCCUCACACUGCUGUUGGGAUCUCUCCACACUCCUGACCUUCAACCAGAGCCUGAGACAGCUGAGCCUGGGCAGCAAUGACCUGGGCGAUCUUGGGGUCAUGCUGUUCUGUAAAGUGCUGAGACAGCAGAGCUGCCUCCUGAAAAGCCUUCAGUUGUGUAAAAUGUAUUUCAAUUAUGAGACAAUCUGCGCAUUAGAAACACUUCAAGAAGAAAAGCCCGAGUUGACUGUUAUCUUCGAGUCUCCUCGGUAGUGCUGGCAGUGGGGCUGCCAGACCCCAGUGGCCAAGCCCAGCCAGCCCUGGGUGCAUGGGUGUGAGGGAGCAUGCGUCCAGCCUCGCCCUGUCUGGAGGAAGGCCGGCACUCUGCAGUCCUCAGCCAUGUAGGAGGGCGAGCUUGCCACCAGUGUCUUUGAGAGAGACUGGGAGCAUCUCCUUACCCCAGGCUAAGGCUCAGGAGCAACAGAACUGUCCCCAUGGUGUGGUUCUUGGUGCAGCACUUAGAGGAUGGGCUCCUCUUGGUGUAACUAACUCAUUCACUAAAGCACUUUGUCCAUCUUCUUCUUCCUCUUUUUACUGUCUCCAAAUUGCUUCCCCUCAUGUGUGUUCCCCUAUUUUGUUCUGUUCAUCCUGUCAUCUUUUUCUUAACUGACCAGAAGGGAAUUAAUUCGCUAUAUAUUAUGCUGCAAUUUUGUGGCAGCAACUUAUUUAUUUUUAAUUU